GGUUGGCAAACACCAAUCAGAUCUCUCUCGCUCGCGCUGCAAUCAGGCUGGAAUAACCGAUUUCCGUUAAUGAGCAGCAGCAGGGAUAAAUCCCGCGUGAGAGGUAGGUGGGACUUUGAAAUCGACAAAUGAGAACGCCGAUGUGAGGAUUUAGCGAACAACACGUUCUUGAACAUCUUUGUUGGUUAUUGAACAACAUUCGUGUUAGUAUUAACCAUGUUUUAUAAUCAUCAAAGUGAUUAAAAGCGGUGUUAAAUAACGUUGUGAACCGCGGUUAACCUAACGUAAACAAAUAAGGCUAUGACUGUGAGCGAAUUGAGUUAUCCAUGGCUUCACCGUUUCUACCGAAUCCUAUAGAUAUCGGAGCUCAAAUUGUCCGAAGAGCUCUUCGCAGGGAAAGAGUUUUCAGAGAUAGACAAAAUCCACUGGCUUUCCCCGAUGAUUAUUUGUACAAGAGAUAUGGAUUUUCGGCUGAGGGAAUAGUGUACCUUUGUCGGCUUCUUGAGCAGCAUAUUAAAAAUCCAACGCGGCGGAGUCAUGCUAUAAGUGUACCUCAAAUGUUAUGCAUUGCUUUGCGUUUCUUCGCAAGCGGCACAUACUUGUAUGCGGUGGGUGACGCCGAGAAAAUCAGCAAGAUCACAGUCUGCCGCACUAUCCGCAGGGUGGUCCUGGCACUUCAGAGAUAUAUAAACACUUUUAUUGCGUUCCCUGGUCAUUUACCCACUGAUGCCAUAAAAGAGGGUUUCUAUAAAAUUGCCGGAUUUCCAGAAGUUAUUGGAGCAAUCGGUUGCACACACAUUGCAAUCUCUAGGCCGGCAAAGGAAAUUGAGGCUAACUAUAUGAACAGAAAGUUUACUCACAGCAUCAAUGUUCAGAUGACUUGUGACCAUCAAUAUAUGAUUACAAGCUUGGAUGCCAGAUGGCCUGGAUCAGUCCAUGAUUCCCAAAUUUUCCGCAACUCAGUUUUGUAUCGCCGCUUUCAGGAUGGUAUGGUAAAACCUCACCAAAUACUAAUGGACUGUAUGAAACACCUUUAUUUAUUUACUUUUUGUCUGUUGACAGGGCUGUAUGAUGGCAUAUUGGUGGGAGACGGAGGAUAUGCUUGUCAAAGCAGUUUGAUGACUCCCUAUCAAAACCCAGAAACACAACCACAGCAUGACUUUAACGUGGCUCUCAGUCAAACAAGCCUUGUGAUUAAAAGGACUUUUAGCGUUUUAAAGGCACGCUUUAGUUGUCUUCAUGACCUAAGGGUAUCACCAGAACGGGCAUCGCAGAUAGUAGGUGCAUGUGCUGUGCUCCACAACAUAGCCACUAUAAGAAAGGAGCGAGUGCCACAGGAAUACCAUGAACCUGCUGAUGAUGUGGUUGACCCCAUAAGCCGGGAACAUCCAGCUGGCAGAGCUGUGCGAGAUGACAUUACUGCCCAGUAUUUCAGUUAAAACUCUAUAAAAGCACAUUGGAACGCCAUAUAUGAAUCAAGAUAAA